AUGUCAUUCUCCAAUAAAGAAAACCCAAAAACUCUCGUUUUGUUCGAUGUCGACGGAACAUUAACCCCCGCCAGAUUGACCAUUUCUGAAGAAAUGAAGAAAACCUUGGAAAAAUUGAGAAGUAAAGUGGUGGUUGGUUUCGUCGGUGGUUCGGACUUUUCCAAGCAAGUUGAACAAUUGGGUCCUAAUAUUUUGACCGAAUUCGACUACUGUUUCUCGGAGAAUGGAUUGACCGCCUACAAGCUCGGCGAGAAGUUGGCUUCUCAAUCUUUCAUCAACUGGAUUGGAGAGGAAAAAUACAACAAGUUGGCCAAGUUCAUCUUGAGAUAUUUGAGUGAUAUCGAUCUUCCUGUUAGAAGAGGAACUUUCAUCGAGUUUAGAAACGGUAUGAUCAACGUUUCACCCGUGGGAAGAAACGCGUCUACCCAAGAAAGAAACGAUUUCGAGGCGUACGACAAGAUCCACAACAUUCGUUCCACCAUGGUCAACGCGUUGAAGAAAGAAUUCCCUGACUUGGGAUUGACUUAUUCCAUUGGAGGUCAAAUUUCGUUUGAUGUUUUCCCAACCGGAUGGGACAAGACCUACUGCUUGCAGCAUGUUGAAGACGAAGGAUUCACCGAGAUCCACUUUUUCGGUGACAAGUCUUACGAGGGAGGUAAUGACUACGAGAUCUACAACGACAAGAGAACCAUUGGUCAUGCCGUCAAGAGCCCAGACGACACCAUCAAGAUCUUGACCGAGUUGUUCAACUUGUAG